AUGUCCCGGGGUGUUAUCAGGCUGCCUUCUGACGAAUCCUCCUUGUCUGCCUCUUUUGUCCGCCUCACCCUCAUUGACCACCCACACCAACCGGUGACCGGCCUCGCCCUCAGUGGUUGCACCAUUUCCAGAUCACAACCUGCUGACUUGGAUGCCAUAUAUCUGGGCUUCGCCUUGCCUCACCAAUCUUCACAGUUGAGCCAAAGCUUCAGCUUCUGUUGCUGUGCACUUCAAAUUACUCCCCUUUCCUCCAGCUCACUGGCUUCAAUAUCGACCUCACCCCCAUUCCCAUAG